AUGACGACUCUCAAGGAUUUUCUCGAGCGACUGGACCUGUCGCGCUAUCAUGAUGCUCUUGUCGAAGAGGGCUUUGAUACAUGGGAGACGCUUAUGGAUAUCACAGAAUCGGAUUUGGAGGCUCUUGGAGUGAAGCUUGGACAUCGAAGGAAACUUCAGCGAGCAAUACUCAAUGCAUCCAAGGACAGGACGCCGCUGCCUUUGCUCUUACAUUCUGCAUUACGAGACGACUCUGUGGUGAACGACGAGGCGCGGAAGAAGCGAGACUCACAGAAUCCUCAACUACAGCAGCAGCGAUCACAGGACUCGACGACGCAGGAAACGUCAACCACCAGUGCCAGCAAUGGACAGCCAACGCGGUCGAAACGGAAGUACAGACGGCACCCCAAGGCAGACGAACAUGCACCGGAGCGACCGCCGUCGGCAUACGUCAUCUUCUCGAAUCAGGUGCGCGAUGAACUCAAAGGCAAGGAUCUCAGCUUUACCGAGAUUGCCAAACUGGUGGGCGAGCGCUGGCAAGAGCUCCAGGCUCACGAAAAGGAACCCUGCGAACGCGAAGCACAAGCCCUCAAGGACACGUACUACUCGGAACUAAGGACAUACAAGAAGACACCGCAGUACAAGGCCUACCAGGAGUAUUUGAUCGACUUCCGGGCAAAGCACUCGGAGAGCAAUGCCCAAGGGGACGCAAAGAAGCCAAAGACGCGGCUGUCGAGUGGUCAGUCACGCAGCUACGACGAUUCGCACAUGGACGGCGAUGAGGGCGUCGAUGGCCUCGAUGGUGUCGACGCUAUAGACGGUGAUCAAGUCCAGCCGUCACCCACCCACAGCUCGCCCAACACGCAGCCCUUUCGCCAAUUUCCCCCUCCCCGACCAACCUCCAGCGGCGACACCGCCUCCUCCUACUCGACCUGGAGAUCCACCCAACAAGCCGAUUCCUCGACCGCCAUGCCGCACAGAAACCCCUCCAUCUCCACCUUUACAACCUACACGACCUCGCAAGACGACGACGGCUCCACAUCACCCACAAGCUCGCGCCCGCCCCUUUCCAGCGCCCACACCAGUGCCCCCCAACAACACCAAAUACACCAACAGAGACCUGCGACCAAAUCUCCACUUCUUCCUCAGCAACAACCCUCUGCAAACACUCUGCCCCCUCUUAGCCACCUAGACGCCCACGCACCCCGGAAAACUUCCGCAACACCUCUGAUGAAUUGGCCGCUGCACACCACCCUCCCUCCCAUUGUGCCAAAUGGACCCAACAACCACCAUAACUCGACACCGUCAUCCAUGUACUCGUCACCCACAUUACGCCACGUCACAAAUCCGCCUGUGGUGAUGCGUCCGAUACAAAACGGUGAUGCAGGCGCCGAGAGAAACAAAGCCAGUCUUUCUACACUCUUGAGGGCUAGUGAGCAUGUAGAUGCCAGGGAUGCCGUGGAUGCGAGACGGGGUAGUGGGAGGAGAGUGUCUUGA